UUCCAUAUAUAUAUUUGUUGCCUUAUUUCACCUUUCUCAACGUCUUCUUGUGUGGAAUAUAGGGUGUGUUUGGGUCCUACCAUUUUCCCUAGUGAAAGAACUUAAUAUUCUACCAUAGCAUAGGGAUUUCACCAUCAUACAAUUCCAUUCAUCACCAAUCUUGUUCUCAUUCAAUCUUGAUCAUACGAUCUGCGACCUGCCUUUUGGAGGACCCACAAUCUAUCAUCACCGCCAUCCACACAAACAUCAACAUAAAUAUUAACAGAAAGCAUAUCAUGUCGACUCCAAAAUCCAAGUUAUUGAGAGGUAAAAUGCCAAGGUUCAGCAUUUUUCCUCUAGGGGGUUGUUUCGAUGGCUGUCGCGAUCAUACACAAACUUCAGGAUUUGGCACCAGGAUUUGGAACCUGAGUGACAGGCCAAUUGAGCUGCAAGUAAGGGUAGGAUCAAUACUGAAAAAGGUUCAUUCAUUGAAGGCAGGAUCUUCCAAGAGACUAAAGUGCAAGAGCAUAUACAAGGCAUACAUGCCUGGUAGGACUGGAAGCGGAGGAACGAUGAAGAACUUGUUGUAUUACUUCGAUGAAACAUGUCAUCCUUAUAUUUGGGUACAUGGCACUGGAGGUGAUUUUUCCAGGAUGGUCAAGCAACAAUACAUUAGUCUUGAAGACCUGAGAGAUUAUUCUGAAAUCAAAAUUUUCAGGGAUCAUCAAAGAGGCUGCAUAUCUGUCCGCAAGAAACCUAGGCCAGACUUUUGCUGACACUCUGAUACGAGGUCUUUCUUUUUUUCUUCUUGAUGUGUGAGAUUGUGUGGAUAAUGGGAUUGAAAGUUAAAAUCUUUUAACUUGCUGAUCAGAUAUUUUCAUUUUUUGUUUGUGUUCCUGUACUGGAUGUAUUUGAAGAAUUGAAUUGUGUACUGUUAGAUAGCAACAUGUAUGCAAAAAAUUAUAAAGAAAUGAUGAUAUACGUAUUUAAUUUUA